AUGCCGAUAACAGCCGAAGACAUAUGGGACGCGAUGUCGAGCUGCACAAGGGAGAGGUCUCUGGGGUUCGAUGGUCGGCCCUUCGUGCUUUAUCUUCAUAUGCCAGACUUGUUUAGUGAUCUCUUGGCUGAUAUCUACCACAACUGGCAGCAAAACGGGAGAAUAUUCAGUGCUGUGAGCCGUGGUGUGGUAGUGCUGCUGAGAAAGGACCCGAACAACGGGGACCGAUUAGAUCAUGUUUGUCCCAUAACUUUGCUAAAUGCAGAUUAUAAGAUUUUGACCAAGGUGUCAGCCAAAAGGUUGACGCUUAUUGUCGAAAUAGCAAACGAGGAGCUUUAUAACCACAGAAAUGAUAAAAGAUUGUUUAUGUUAUUGUUACGGUAUCUUCCAUAUUAG